GCUACCCAUUUCGAAUCUCUUGCUGAGAAAGCAAAUCAACCUAGCCUACAUCACAGUGAUGAAGAAUCUCAUACUGAGAAAAUCAAAGAACCUCAUACUGGAAAAGAGAGAGAUACUAUGAAGAAAGCAGGUACUGAUCAAGAACAUGUUCAAGCUAAAUCUCAAUUCGAGGAUUCAAACAUUAGCCAAAGAAAACAACAUCAAAAAACCCAAAGAUGAUUCCGCUACCAAAAAUCAACAAAACCAGAAAACUACUACCACACAAGGGGAAGGUCCUCAUGAUCAAGGUGUGAGGAAAUCACAAUCACUGGAGGAAAUUGGAAUACAUAGACAACAAGCACAACAGAACUCCAUGGAAGCCAUUAGAGCUGCAGAGGAAAGGUAUGAUAAGGCAUCAAAGAAAGAGUCUCAUCAUGAGGAGGAUGUGAAGAAUCCUCAGUCUCUAGAGGAAGUUGGACAAUACAGGCAACAAGCGCAACAGAAUUCGAUGGAGGCCAUUAGAGCUGCAGAAGAGAGGUAUGAAAAAGCUAAACAAGCUGGUUCUGCAGCACUACAUGACGUAAAAGAAUGUGUCGUUCGUGGGUUAGGAGCAGCUUCAACAUAUGUUGCUGAUAAAAGUGUUGCAGCAAAAGAUACCACCAUUCAAAAAGGUUCACAAGUAUUAGGGUACACAGCAGAAAAAGCUUCGAAAGGGUUAUCAGCAACUAAAGAUACAACUUUGGGCGUGGGGAAAACUGCAUUAGAUUAUACACUACAAACAGCUGGACAAGCAAAGGAUUUCACUGCAAAGAAAGCUGUUGAAUCUAAAGAUGCAGCUGUUGAUAAAGCAGUAGAAGCGAAAGAAAUGAGCUUAGGUGUUGUUAGUACUGGUAGUACUGCGGUUCAUUAUGUUGGCGAGAAAGCUGUGGACAUUAAAGAUACAGCCCUUGAUGUCAGCAAAAGGACCGUUAAUUAUGCUGGUGAGAAAGUUGUUGCUGCUAAAGAUGUUACCAUAGAAGCAAGUAAGAAGGGUUUGGGUUAUGCUGGUCAGAAAUCAUCUGAAGCUAAACAAGCAGCUGCUGAUACCACUAGAAGUGCCAUGGAGCAAACCAGCAAGAAACUCGAGGAAACUAACAAACCUUCUGGCGUCACAGAGAAGGCAAGCAGUAAACUUGAAGAAACCAACAAAUACUCCGGUGUUGAGAGAGGAACAGAGGAUAAAGACAAGGGACCAGAGAAGCAUGUUGAGGGUAUUGAAGAAACGGGGGAGGAAGUAGAAGUUCAACCCGCCCAGUUACUGGGAGCUGCUGGAGAAACCUUGGCUGAAAUAGCCAAGAAUGCUAAAGAGAUGGUUGUUGAUCCGGAAACUGAACUGGAGCAACACAAGGUUCUUGGCGACGUUGAAUUGGAGCACCAACAUCAUGAACACCAACAGUAG